ACCAGCUAGUUGUAAGAUAGCAUUAGCCGACCGGUUAGCUAGCAGGACUAUAUCAUCAUUUUUAUUCGUCCUAGUAAAGAAGUGGAGCCCCGUUGUAUUUCGGUUGUGACGGUCAGAACAGCAACAAGUCCCUCUUACUGGGUCUACGAAUUUAGGAAAGAUGACUUCUGCAUCGUCUGAUCCAACCCUAGAGAGACAUUUCAAGGGUCACAGGGACACUGUGACAAGUGUGGACUUCAGCUGCAACAUGAAACAGAUUGCCACAGGCUCCAUGGACUCCUGUGUGAUGAUCUGGAACAUGAAACCUCAAAUGCGAGCGUAUCGCUUUGAUGGACACAAAGAUGCUGUCACCUCUGUUCAGUAUUCUCCCUCUGGCCACCUGGUGGCCUCCGCCUCCAGAGACAAGACUGUACGUCUUUGGGUGCCCAGCAUGAAGGCUGAGUCAACAGUUUUCAGGGCUCACACGGCUACUGUGCGCAGUGUUAACUUUUCUGGUGAUGGACAAACUUUAGUUACAGCCUCUGACGACAAGACCAUCAAAGUGUGGAUGGUCCACAGGCAAAAGUUCCUGUUCUCUCUAAACCAACACAUCAACUGGGUCCGCUGUGCUAAGUUUUCUCCAGACGAUCGUUUGAUUGUGUCGUCCAGUGAUGAUAAGACUAUAAAGCUGUGGGACAAGAACAGCAGAGACUGUAUUCAUUCUUUCUAUGAACAUGCUGGUUAUGCAAACCAUGUGGAUUUCCAUCCCAGUGGAACUUGCAUUGCUGCUGCCAGUACUGACAACUCGGUUAAGGUGUGGGACAUCAGAUCCCAUAAGAUGCUACAACACUACCAAGUCCACAGUGGUGUGGUUAACAGCUUGUCUUUCCACACGGCUGGUAAUUUCCUCAUCACUGCGUCCAGCGAUUCCACCGUGAAGAUACUGGACCUUGUAGAGGGCAAACUACUGUAUACACUGCAUGGACACCAGGGUCCAGUGACCUGUGUGGCCUUCUCCAGGACAGGAGAGUACUUUGCCUCUGGAGGCUCUGAUGAACAGGUAAUGGUGUGGAAGAGCAACUUUGACUGCAGUGAGUGUGGUGACACUGUCAGGCUACAACAUAAAACUGCUUCCAGCGUUCAGGCAGCACCAGCAAGCUCCACGGCUCAUCUCCCCUUUAACUUGAAUCCAUCUGUGCACCGCAGCCAGACCUCUGACCCAUCAGAACAUUUCAACAGACAGGACUUCCAAACCGCCGCCCACACUCAGAGCAGCAGUCGCAGUGGCAGCCACAGUAGAGCAACACAUUCCCACACCUACAGAAACCCCAGCACCAGUUCCUCCACCACCCAUCAGACACAGACCCAGGGUUUACCACAGCAUUCAUCCCAGUCCCAGACUUCAGAUGGAGGCGUCCCCCCUGGUCUGGCCAGCACCCUGGAACACAUCAUAGGUCAACUGGAUAUUCUCACUCAGACGGUUUCGAUCUUGGAGCAGCGGCUGACGCUGACAGAGGACAAGCUCAAGGAGUGUUUGGAGAAUCAGAUGGAGAUCGGUCUACAUCUCCAGAGGCGAGAGGAGGCCUAACGAUGGCGGCAUCAGAGAAAAGUUGAGCUGUGGUGUAAGGGAAGUGGGGUCACAUCAACACCAGAAACAGAAACUCACAUCAUUGUCGGUAGAUCACAAUAAAAUGUGAGAUCUUACAUACAGAGCACGUGCAUUCACACAUAAAGCAAGGACUUGACCCAAACCGUUUUCCUGGCUGGACUUUAAAUGCACCGUGAGCCUCGCUGCUGAUGGACUGUGUGUGGUUAUCUUACAAAGAAAAAUCAGAAGUGAAGGAGGUGAAUAUUAGAGAAGUUAUUCCUCUACAACAGUGCUGAGCGAGCAGUCUCUUUUCUGCUGACGAAGGACCUGCUGCUACUAGUCACCGUGUGUGUGUGUGUGUGUCUGUGUGUGUGUGUCUGUGUGUGUGUGUGUGUCUGUGUCUGUGUGUGUGUGUGUGUGUGUGUGUGUACACAAUAGCUGCCUGUACAAAAGUCUAGACACAUGCAAGAGACUUUCGUACUUGCCUAUACACUGCACGUGUUCGUUUUUCUAUUUGUGUGCAGAAUGACGUCAGGAAGAUGCUUUUUCAUUUAAAAAGAACAUAUACUGUGCACAGUAUACACAACCAAAGUGUCUAUAGGGCGCAGUCAUCGUUUUAGUUGCAGUCAGGCCAAUACAUUAAUUUUAAAGACAGGCACUCAUUGAAUGACUUUUUUUUUAUUAUCAGUCUGGUCUGACCUUCAGUUCAGUCUGUUGCCUACAGAUUUUUUUGUUCUUCUUCCAUCAUAAGUGAAAUUACUGAAAUUUUACCAUGAAGUUUUACCAUGACAUUAACUAAACAGUUACAGCAGAGCCAGUGCAGUGCCUUCAGUUUGUCUUACAUGAAGAAACUAUGUUCAAAUUGGUAAGUUUUUAGUUUUUGAAGGAUUGAUCUGGUGCUUUUCUAUGUUUUUCUUACUGUCAGCAAAUCACAUUAAAAGACUAAAGCCAACAAUUAAUUUAUCCCAACAAGUGCUAUGGAGCGAAAGCCUGAUUUAUCUUUCCUCUCUCCCUUAGACCUCCAUUGUUGUCCAAAACCUUUUAAAAACACAUUGCACUUGGUGACAUGUUCCUUCAUUACAGGGGUACUGUAGGUUAUUUUGAGUCAUUGCCACGUACAUUGUCCUGUUCCAGUAAAUACUAGAGACACACAGAUUCGAUAUGCCAGAUUGGUGUGCAGAUUGGUGAUACUGACAGAUCAGCUGUGACGUAAUCGUUCCACAUUAAAUUCCAUUUCUUUGUCAGUGUCAGUUUGAAUAUCCUGGUUAGAGUUAACAGUUUUCAUUCAGUCACGACAGGCCACCGACUAGCUUUUUAGUGCAACAGCAGUCCCUGGACCCAUGUCACAUUACAUGAAAAUAUGGAUUUUACACAUUAUAGUGUAAAAUAGGGAUUUUAACUUUGGGAAAAAGAGACCACUGUGGAAGUGCUUGGAUCUGAGUUGAUGAUUCAGUAUCAGGAAAGAAAAACCUGGAUCAGUGCAUCCUGACUAAAUACUCACUGCAGAGAAUGAAUAUUAAUCCAGGCCUGAAAAUAGUCCCCAAUAAAUAAACUAUUUACUUUACUUUUAUGUAACUAAGCCAAAAAAAACACCCAACACCCAACUUUUUUAGGGUUUGAGUAUUAAUGUAGAAGACUAUGUAGGAAACCAUACACCUGUGAUCUGUUUUUAAAGGUUUUUGUCUUCAGUAGGAAUGAAUGGACUCAGGGUCGAGUGCCACAGUCGGGGUGUGAAAGUUAGAAGGUACUAAGAGAUGGUCUAACGCAUGGUUGGUUUUGGUCUUCGCAUGAGAUUUGUUGACAUUGAAAUUAGUAAAUAUAAUCCCAUCAUUAUAUUUUAAAUUAGAAUGAUGGUGCUUUCUGCAUUGGUUCCAAGUUGGAUUUCUUUUACAGUGAGUGCAGAAGGCCUGGUUGUAAUUACUGCAGUUUGAAAGAUAAGCGUCUUGUUCCGUCCCUUUGUAUCCUGUGUCUGAAACUUUUAUACGCUGAAAGUAAGUUAUUGUGUACCUUCUUAAUAAAUGUUUUUGACUCUUA